AUGACCUUCCCAUUCUCCGAAAUAUGCACCUUGCUCUCGCGACUCGAGGACAUCGAGCUGAGGAUCCCUCCAAUCCUCUCGCCCGCAGAUAAGAAUACAGAGAUCCGACGCGUGACAGACUCCUGGUUCAAGUCGCACCGCGCAGCGAUUGACGGUCUAAAUGCAGAGAGUGCUGUUGCAUUCCUCUCCACUUUCCUCCCGGAACGACGCCCGGAUCGCGUGUACAGCCUGCAGGCUCCGUCACUGACUAGAGUACUUAGUCGAUGUCUUGGAUUGAGCGCGGCUCGUGCUAAGGACCUGACGGCUUGGAGGCAACGUGGCGGAGGCGACUUGGGACAGUGCCUCGAGCGAGUCCUGAAGUCUGGCGGACCUCCAGCUCUACCAGUUGUCAGUCUGGACGAGGUAGACGGCCUUCUUGCCCUUCUCGCUGGUCGAUGUCGAUUCUCCGAUCCGAACAUAAGACUGCCACCCAGUUCAUCAGAGGAACGAGAUCGGGCGGUGAGGAAUGCUGUCCUACGGCUCCAUCCCUCGCAGGGCAAGUGGCUCAGUCGCCUGAUCCUGAAAGACUUCUCCCCCGUCGAAUUGGACGAUUAUUGGACUCUGAAGUCCUUCCAUUUCCUCCUUCCAGACCUUCUCCGCUUCCAAAACUCCCUUGAAGCAGCGCUUCGACAGUUGAAAGGGCCCCUGAAGCACUUUCCUCCGCGCCCCGAUCCUCGAUCGGAGGCACCCUUCCGUCAAAGCGCUGCUGUCUUGCUCAAGCCGCUCGUUGGCGUUAAGGUCGGCAGACCCAACUACUUCAAGGCACGGAGCAUCGAUGCUUGUAUCAGCAUGUGUGGGAGGCAGCCGUGGGUACUGGAACGGAAGUACGAUGGCGAGUACUGCGAGAUUCACAUCGAUAUGACGCAUUCGCCCGAGCCGCGGGAAUGCAUCAAGAUCUUUUCGAAGAGCGGGAAAGACUCGACUGAUGACCGAAAAGACAUUAUUCCUACCCUGGUGACUUGCCUGUCUCUAGACAGUUCGAAACGGAAGAUCAGGAACCGAGCGAUCCUCCUCGGCGAACUGGUUGUGCACUCAGAUAGACAGGGAAGCGUCCUGCCGUUUGAAAAGAUACGCAAGCACGUCUCUAGAUCCGGAGUCUUCCUCGGCACCGAUGCGGACUCCCUUCCUCAUCACGAUGAGCACCUCGCGAUUGUCUUCUUCGAUCUAUUGCUUCUCGACGACGAAGUGGUGUUGAACAAGCCGCUGGCAGAACGUCGUAUCCGGCUUCGAGAGGUCUACACCAAGAUCAGCGGCCGAGCGAUGGGCGCCGAAUGGAAAGUCAUCGAUUUCCGCCAGGAGGCAACCGCUGCACGGAGACUGAUGGAGCAGUUUGCGGCAUCCAUUGCAGCACGGUGUGAGGGUCUAGUUCUCAAACCGUACAACAUGCCAUAUUUCAACCUGGGGCAGAAGUCGGAUGGAGCGAUCGACGGACAUAUCAAAUUGAAGAAAGACUACAUCGACGGCAUGGGGGAUGAAGCGGAUUUUGCGGUUGUCGGGGCGAGUUACGAUGCCCAGCAGGCGCUCGAUCUCGGCCUUCCGAACAUACGCUGGACGACGUUUCAUCUAGGCUGUCUGCUCAACAAAGCCGAUGUUGAGCGGUACGACGCCCGCCCGAAGUUCAGAAUCGUCGGCUCAAUCCCUGCAAAACAUUGCAUCCCAAGAGCAGUCUUGCAGGCAGCGAAUGCCCUCGGCGGCUUCUGUGCAGAGCCGUACAUCCCCCGUACUCCUCCAGCGAACUUCGACAUCGAGACGCCGCUACGUAACGCAAGCAUGAACACCAUCUUCAACACCCCUUUCGUGUUCGAAGUCCUCGGCUCCGGCUACGUGAAACCGCCCAAUUGCAACUAUUUCAUGCUCCGGCACCCGCGCGUGAAGAAGCUGCACCAGGACCGUAGCUGGAAGGAGUGCAUUUCCGUUCAAGAGCUCCAAGUCGAGGCGAUUGCUGCUCGAGAGGCACCGGAGGUUGGCGAGUCCCAGGAGACC